CACACCGGUAUUUGACAAAUGUAUUUUUCUAAUACAUUAAAGGUAUCAACCGAUUUAAAUGGGAGUGGAAAGAAGGCUGUCUGGAUAGAAUGUGGUACACAUGCCAGAGAAUUCAUCACAAUCUCAACUUGCUUGGCAACAGCUAAUAAUCUUGCAAGGUUAUAUGGUGGCUCCGGUGUCGUUGCUCAGAAAGCGACCGCCAUGUUGGAUCUUUACGACUAUUACAUUGUCCCUGUCCAUAACCCCGAUGGAUAUGACUACGCCUAUUGGGUGUCAAGACUUUGGAGAAAGAACAGACGUCAAAACAAUGGCAUUUGUCUUGGGGUUGACUUGAACAGAAACUGGAAUGCUAAUUUUGGAGGAUCUGGUUCAUCCGGACAGUCCUGCUCAGACACGUACCGUGGAAACAGUGCCCUCUCAGAACCGGAAACAGCAGCACUCAAUGCAGCAGUCCAAACUACUAACAAUGUAGCGUUUAUAUCAAUUCACAGCUAUUCUCAGUAUAUACUGUUGCCAUGGGGAUACCAGAGUUCCAAACCUAGUGAUUAUAACACAUUGUUAAGGAUAGCUCGGAGUGCAGAGGCUGAACUGGAAUCUUACUAUAACACUGCCUACCUUGUUGGAACACCUCCAGAUAUACUGUAUGUUGCUUCCGGAGGAGCAUAUGACCAUAUGAAGCUGAACAACGGCAUCAAAUACUCUUUCACUUAUGAACUUCGACCUGGAAGCGGGAGCUCGUGGGGUUUUGAACUUCCGGAAAACCAGAUUGCUCCUACAAUUGAAGAGACAUUUGCCUCGCUUUGGAAAUUUGCUGAAGAGAUCUAUGCAGAUGAUAACGCCACAGGCCGAAAGUAGAAAAAUCAAAAAAUGAUAAAUUGACCCGUACAACCGAACGAGAACAGAACUUAUUUGAUUUAAUAUAUUAUAUUUAAUUUAUAUUGUUUCCAAUUAAAUAGAGACGCAUCCAA